CUCUUAUUUUCCUCCCACAAUCAAGACCCCUCCCGCCACUCACUCAAAAGUCAUCUUCGAAAUGUUCGAAAAGUCGAAAUGAAACCCCACCUGCCCUUUCGACUACUUUUAAAAUGCUAGUGUUGCUAAUCCCUCUCGAAGUACUAAUUUUAGCGACUUGGUUCAACCUUUUUAUCAUUUCUUUCACACUCUGUUUCUGUUAAUUUAAACAAAACAAUCUAAAUUCUCGUGAUGUCGCGCCGCCCCGCUAAAGCCACCUCCAGGGAACAGGUGCGUAAGCAGCCCUCCUUGUCGAAGACUCAGGCGUCUGCGAGAUCGUCAACUUCGACUCGAGCGGGCUCCAAGGCCUCCACGGCUUCCAAAGCCAGCGCUUCCGUCAAAUCGUCCACUUCGAAAGCCCCCGAUGCCCCCAAAGCCGAGAAGAAGUUCGAGCUUCCGGCUCUCAGUGUCAUGCCGAAGCCCAAAAAAACCGUGUCCGAGCUGGCGAGACUCAAGAAGAAGACAAUCCGCCGCAACGCUCCCCCGGGUGAAGACCUCAAGUGCAUGAAGGAGAUCCUCAAGAGCAUCCGAAACCAGAAGGUCACCGUGCACGAGUUCAUUUCCUUGAUAGCGCCGUCCACGAGCGACCAAGGCGACGUCCUCCGCAGCGUCAUGCAAGAGGACUUGAACUCCUUCAGGACGCUGGCGAGGAAAGUCUACGAUACGAUAACCCAGGACAACAGCGACGUGCUUCUCAACCAGCAGAUGCAGCUGUCCGAGUUCUACAAAGAGCGGAAAACGCUUCUGGACGCUAAGAUGAUGAAGUUCAUUGAGGAAAUCUACGCCAUGGCGCCGAAGUUCGACUUCGACCGCUACGCGGCCGAGAAGGAACACUACCUCCUGGAGCUGUUCCCCAUUCCGCUUGAACUCAACAUAGAGCCCGAGGAGCUGGAGAUGAUGAAGCGCCAAGCGGCCUAUCACCGACUCCAGUGGUUACGAUCCGAAGGAGAGCGUCUCAACGAAGAGAACAACAGCUUGAAGAAGCGUCUGAAUCAGCUGAAGCAGCAGCACAAGGACGAGAUUGGCAAGAUGCAGCAGAAGGAGAAGGCGGCUGAAGCGAAAAAGGAUGCCUUGGAAGCGGCGGAAGCCGAGAAGGUCGAAACCUUGGAGCACUUGAAGGAGUCGUUGGAGCAGAGCAUCAUCAAUCAAGAGGAGUCGUUACGAGUGGACAAAGACAAGGUGCUGCUGGACCCGUCGAAACUGAAGAAGGUGGUGAAGAAGAAGGUCGUGAAAAAGAGAAGACCGCCUUGGGUGCAGGAAACAGCGAAAGAGCUGGAAAGCAGGAGUCUCCAGGAGAGCCAAGCUAGUGAGAUGGCGACGACUUCAGCAGAAACGUCGCAGGCGUCCACUAGCACUAGAAGGUCCUCCCCUAGACAGCCGACGCCCGCUGAAGACGUGUACGUCCCGCCGCCCCGCCCCACCCAAGUGGCCCCGCAAGCCCCCACCCAACAACGCUACGGCCGCCGGGCCGCCCAAGCCCCGCGCGACACCUGGUCCGGCUUCCGCUGACCACACCCCCAUACAACCAAUCAAAUAAAUUCUUUACUAAAAA